AUGUCCCAGUCCGACAAACAAUCCGACAAAGCACAUAAGGCCCUGGAAGGGUUUCGGCUUUUCAGAUACAUCAUCCGAUUUCUGCCACUGCUGAUCCUCGGAUUGAUUGUCGCCUUGACUGUGAUCCUCCUUGUCGGAUGGCUGGUCCUUUUGGUUGCCUUCGCGUUGGCUGGCUUGGGCGUCAUUUCCGUGGCUACGGCCAAUGCCUUGAGGAGGGCUAUUCUGGCACCGGUGGUAUUCUUGUACCAACUAACCCGCAAGAUCCUUCGGCGGCGGCGGACGCUCGAACCAGUCAAGCGAGCACGGAUUACGCCUCUCAGCGACGCAGAAGUGACUUCUUUUCAGACCACGAACAAUCCUGGUCUGCAGGUCCUCCUGCUGCAGCAGAAAGCCGGCGGUUCCUGCCUGAUGCUGGCCUAUAGCCACUACGCGGAUUAUAUGCGACUUUUCGGUUUGUCCAAGUACGUCCGACAGGCAUUGCAAUCAAGUGUCGACCAUGGUGUCGAAAACAUCCGGAAAAUGACGUGCAGCGUUGGGGAGAAGAGUGAAUGCUGGGCAUGCCGGGGACAAAUCUGCUCGACAUGCACGGUUCCUCGUGAAGUCGCCAGUCCUGGUACAUCGCACCACCUGGACGAAUGUGAGACCAUCUGCUCGCGAUGCUACUUGGGGCAUCUAUACAGCAAGUCGAAGCGAUUCAAGCCAUCAAAGGACCAGCAAUGUUCGCAUCGAGUAGUGACAACGGACAUAUCCACCCCCGAGAGAGGAAUCUGCUCGUCCUGCGCGCUAGACGGGGAUGAAAAGAUUGUGGUGCGGAGAUGGCGGAAAGAACUCAUGGAGCUGAUCAACAUUGAGGCAGCAAGUGUUGCAUGCUGGAUGUGUCACAAGCAUAUGCGCUCCGGCACGCCACGCUGGUGGAUCUGUUCGACCUGCGGCAACGACUGUACCAGUUCUUUGCAUGCUUCUUGGGUCGAGGUCAAGCCUCGCGCGCCGACACUCGAGGUCUUUGAGAAUUGA